UUUGGAUGACUUUAAUAACUGGAUUUCUAAAGCAAUGAGUUCCCGGGAGACUGAUCGCCUCAUCAACUCGGCUGGCUCUCAUCCUCAUGGUCUUCGUUAAUUACGGAGGAGGAAAGUAUUGGUAUUUCAAACAUGCAAGUUGGAAUGGACUGACGGUGGCUGACCUUGUGUUCCCAUGGUUUGUGUUUAUUAUGGGAACCUCCAUUUUUCUGUCAAUGAGUUCCAUACUGCAGCGGGGCUGUUCGAAGUCCAGGUUGCUGGGGAAGAUUGUGUGGAGGAGUUUCCUGUUAAUCUGUAUAGGAAUCAUCGUUGUAAAUCCCAACUAUUGCCUUGGUCCAUUGUCCUGGGAUAGGAUGCGACUCCCCGGCGUGCUCCAGCGGCUGGGCGUGACCUACUUUGUGGUGGCCGUGUUAGAGCUCCUCUUCGCAAAGCCUGUGCCUGAACGCGGCGCCUGGGAGGGAAGAUGCUGGUCUCUGCAAGACGUCGUAUCCAGCUGGCCGCAGUGGCUGUUCAUCCUGAUGCUGGAGAGCGUUUGGCUGGCCUUGACAUUCUUCUUACCUGUUCCUGGGUGCCCCACCGGCUACCUCGGCCCCGGCGGCAUUGGAGACCUGGGGAAGUAUCCAAAUUGCACUGGAGGGGCUGCCGGCUACAUCGACCGCCUGCUUCUGGGAGAGGAUCACAUUUAUCAGCACCCUUCCUCGACCGUGCUGUAUCACACCAGGGUGGCCUACGACCCGGAAGGAAUCCUAGGGACCAUCAACUCCAUUGUGAUGGCAUUUUUAGGAGUUCAGGCAGGAAAAAUACUCUUGUAUCACAAAGAGCAGACCAAAGACAUUCUGGUCAGAUUCACCGCCUGGUGUUGUCUUCUAGGGCUUAUCUCUGUUGCUUUGACGAAAAUUUCUGAAAACGAAGGCUUUAUUCCAGUAAACAAAAAUCUCUGGUCCGUCUCCUACGUCACCACGCUGAGCUCCUUCGCCUUCUUCAUCCUGCUCAUCCUCUACCCCAUUGUGGAUGUGAAGGGCGUGUGGACAGGAACCCCGUUCUUUUACCCGGGCAUGAACUCCAUCCUGGUGUACGUCGGCCACGAGGUGUUCCGGAACUACUUCCCCUUCCAGUGGAAGCUGCAGGACACCCAGUCGCACAAGGAGCAUCUCAUCCAGAACAUCAUCGCCACUGCACUCUGGGUGCUCAUUGCUUACAUUCUCUAUAAAAAGAAGAUUUUUUGGAAAAUCUGAUCGCUCCAGCUGAAGCAUGUUGCUGGCAGACUCUCUAGUGGGCCUGGGGGGAGUGCUGACACAGCCUUUAUUAAAGGGACCGUUAAUGACACCGUCCGUGGGGCGUGUGUUUCCAGGUUACUGGGGAAGGUGCUGAUGUGGUCAGGCUAGUGCACUGGGGCGGGACUCUGCCUGCAGGUUUGGGACUUAAAUGUUGGAAGGUACUACCUUUUCCCUCCAUCUUCUGUGUAAACGGAUGGAUUUAGAACUCUAAUGUAAGGGUUUCUCAGAUAACCUUUGCAAAGGCAGUCGCCAUGGAUGGGCAUUUGCCUCUGUGGCGGAUGGCACGGUGUAACUGACACCCGAUUCUCUCUGAGCUGGCGUUUCUGCACACUGCCUUUUGGCACCGCCAUGAGUCCGUCGUCUCCGUUUGGCUGACUGUAGAGCUGACUGAGAUGUGAGGUGUAACAAUGGAGUGUAAUAUUUUUUAGUUAAAUUUAAUGUUUCAAAAAAGUCAGGGUAAUUUACCUUUCAGGUCUGCAAGACAUUGGUGGGUCCAAGAAAAUGCCUUUCUGUCAGAAGCUACUUUCUUCUUUUCCUACUUGAAAAAAAAAGUUAAAAUAUAAAUGUGUUAUUCCCAGCCACUCUUGCUUAGUUAUAUACUUACGUAGCUGUGUAUUGCCUUGUCUGUCAAUCACCUGCCUACCCACCCACCUGCUUACCUGCCCGUCUGUCUCUCUGUGUAUCCAGACGGUAGCUGGUUCCCAGGGACAGGGCUUGGAAGAGAUUAAAGCUCACUGUCUUGCUUGUGGCUCCGGCUCUGCCAUCAUUGCCGUAGAGGAUGCUGGCAGGUCCGCGGGCCUGUCUGAGUGUCAGCUUCCUCAUCUGUGAAGGGAGGGAGGUAGCGAUGACCUCUCAGGUCCCUUCCAACUCUUACGACUCAGUGAGGUGGGCGACAUCGAUAGCUUUUCUGAAAUCCUUAGAGAAGUCAUUUUAUUACAGAGAACUCUUUAAGAUGAGCGAUAACGAAAAGUUUCAAAAACUCUCGUUGGAGCAAGUCUUUUCGGAGCGACCCUCCACAGUGGAGGCACCUUUCCCGUGUGGAGCCACACCCCCGAAGAUGUACUUCCUCAGGAGUGAGGGAGGGAGGGCACCCAAAGAGAAGCCGCACUUUUCUAUGAUGCAUCAUCAUACUUGUGAAUUUUCCAUGAGAACUCCGUAUUUAAGGAAAAUGUGACAAUAGCCUGUGCUCCAGAGCAUCCUUCUGUGGUGAGAUGGGGCCGUCCUGACGUCCCUUCGCCUGGCGCUGCUGCACGACGACUGCCAGUCUGCGCUUCAGCCCACACCUCCACCCUGAACGCUCACCGGCCUGUCCCUGCCCGCUGCACCCUCCCCCUGGACGUCCUUCCGCCGGCCUCUAGGCUCACCUUCCUCCUCUGUUCCCCCAGAUCAAGCCCUCUCCUCUUUGGAUUUUCCCAGCUCUGUGAAUGGAUCAUUCUCAUCUGUAGGUAUGAAGCUGCCGCCACCUGUCACCCACCUACCUCGGUUAUCCCCACCUUUCCCAUAUUCAGUCAGUGCUGCACCUCCUCCUGCCUCUGUCUUCCCGUCAGCAUCUUCAUUUCACUGGCACACUGCCUUGUUACUCUGGUCCAGACCCUCGUGAUUCAUUUCAAAUGGCCCCCUUCCCUCAACCCCUCCGGUAGUCACUCUCCCUCGUGGCUGGAUUAAGCUGUAUGAAGCAGAGUUCAGAGCACAUCACUGCUUUAUAAAAACCAACACUGAAGCCGAUAUAGCUUCGCCGGACAUACAUGACCUUCCUUGGCUGAGCCCAGCACGCCCUGCCAGCUCCCUCCCCCGCCCCCAUGCCCACCCUGCUUACUCCAGCCCCACUGGACCCCCCACCCCGUCACUUGGCCAGGACCUCCUGCUCCUGACCUUGACUACAGCCUUACUUUUUCCUGCAUUACUUUUUCCUCUUCAUUUUCUCCUGUGUAUGUUUGGCCUGUCAUUUUAGAGCCUCUACUUCUAAGGCACCUCUCUAAUCUCUUGUCUCGUCCAAACGUAAUAUUUUCUUCCUCUGGCUUCUCGUAAUACCUUGUUGGGACCAAUUUCAUGGCCCCCAUCACUUUGUGCGAGUUACUUGUGUACAUGUCUCGUUUCCCACGCUGGACUGGGAGCUUGCUAAGAGCAAGAUUAUGCCUUGUUCUUCUGCAUAUUCAUGGCACAAACAGUGACUUAUGCAUAGCAGGCACUAAAUAAACAUUUAUUAAAGCAAA